AUGUUCAUCAUGAGAGCAGGUGGAUGUGAUCUGCUGUAAAUCAGUAGGAACUGAUCUGUCCAUGCAGGAUAUUGAUGAUUUCAUCACAGAAAUCUCUCAGCUGAAGAAAGAGGUGACGUCACUGAAGACAAAACUGAUGGAGAGAGACGACAGGUUACAGGAGCUGGAAAAGGUUUCCUGUCAAUUUUCAGUGUGUGUGACUGAUGGGACCUCCACAGAAUGUCAGGAUUCAGUGUGGAGCGGCAGAGAUCAGUCCACACCACAGCGACUGCUGGACAAACUCUCUGAACAGAGAUCCAGAGACACACAGGACUCACAGCUCACUUUACUCUGUUCUACUGACGGUAAUCAGGGUGAUCAAACCCCCACAGAGUCUCUGGAUUCUGUCAGUAAUACUGGAGAACAGCAGAUACCAAUGAAGAUGUGUUCAGUAAAGCUGGUGGACUGCAGGAACCUGAUGAAGAUGAGAGGAGAAAUCAAAGUAGACAAACAACAGAUUAAUGAAAAUAAGGAUGAUCAAAUCUCCACAGAGCCUCUGGCUUCUGUCUUUAAUGCUGGAGAACAGCAGAUGCUGCCAGUGAAGAUCGAAGUGAAGCAGGAGGAUAUAAAAGAAGAAAACACAGUAGAGGAACAACAGGGAGAUGAAGAUGAUUAUAUUUCUUCAGAGCUGAUGGAAGUGAAAGAGAAAUGGCAAGUUGAGGACAAACUUCAGUGUCAAAAACAUCAUAAUUUUAUAACUGGAGAAAAAUCUUUGAGUUGCUCAAAAACUAAGAAGAAUGUAUCACCAGAAAAGCAUAAAAGAAAAACAGCCAAAAAUACUUUCAACUGCUCACAGUGUGGAAAGAGUUUCACAAAUAAAAGCGGGUUUAAUAAACACAGGAAAGUUAAUAUUGGGGAGAAAACUUACACGUGCCAUCGGUGCUGGAAAAGCUUUGCAUAUACAGUUUGUCUCAAAGGUCAUCUCCGCUCUCAUUCUGGAGGGAGACCAUUUAAAUGUGACACGUGUGGUAAAACAUUUGUUUUGAAUUCAAGCCUAAGAAAACAUCUGAAAACUCACACAGAUGAGAAGCCUUAUAAGUGUUCUUUUUUUGGAAACCAUUUUGCACAACUGUCCUCUUUGAAAAAGCACCAGAAAAUAAAUUCCAGUGUGGGGGCUCAUAUGUACUUUGAAGGUGGGAAGACCUUUACUACAGCCGGCAGCAUGAAACAGCACAAAAGAAUCCAUACUGGAGAAAAACCAUACAAGUGCUCACACUGUGAAAAGAGUUUCACUCUGUCACAAUACCUGAAAACACACAAGAGAAUUCAUACUGGAGAAAAACCUUACAAGUGCUCACACUGUGAAAAGAGUUUCAAUCAGUCACAUCACCUGAAAACACACAAGAGAAUUCAUACUGGAGAAAAACCUUACAAGUGCUCACACUGUAAAAAGAGUUUCAAUCAGUCACAUCACCUGAAAACACAUGAGAGAAUUCAUACUGGAGAGAAACCUUACAAGUGCUCACACUGUGAAAAGAGUUUCAAUCAGUCACAAAAUCUGACAACACAUGAGAGAAUUCAUACUGGAGAAAAGCCUUACAAGUGCUCACACUGUGAAAAGAGUUUCAAUCAGUCACAAAAUCUGACAACACAUGAGAGAAUUCAUACUGGAGAAAAACCUUACAAGUGCUCACACUGUGAAAAGAGUUUCACUCAUUCACAACACCUGAAAAAACACGAGAGAAUUCAUACUGCAGAAAAAGCUUACAACUUCUCUUCAUGUGGGAAAAGUUUCAGGGCAGCAAGUAAUCUACAUAGACACGAGAGAAUUCAUACUGGAGAGAAACCUUACAAGUGCUCACACUGUGGAAAGAGUUUCACUCAGUCACAUCACCUGAAAACACACGAGAGAAUUCAUACUGGAGAGAAACCUUACAAGUGCUCACACUGUGAAAAGAGUUUCACUCGGUCACAAUACAGGAAAAAGCAUGAGAGAAUUCAUACUGGAGAAAAUCCUUACAAGUGCUCACACUGUGAAAAGAGAUUCACCCGGUCACGGAACCUGAAAAAACAUGAGAGAAUUCAUACUGGAGAAAAACCUUACAAGUGCUCUCACAGUGAAAAUAGUUUCACUCGGUCACAAUACAGGAAAAAGCAUGAGAGAAUUCAUACAGGAGAAAAUCCUUACAAGUGCUCACACUGUGAAAAGAGAUUCACUCGGUCACAGAACCUGAAAUCACAUGAGAGAAUUCAUACUGGAGAAAAACCUUACAAGUGCUCACAUUGUGAAAAAAGUUUCACUCAGUCACGGAACCUGAAAUCACAUGAGAGAAUUCAUAUUGGAGAAAAACCUUACAAGUGUUCACACUGUGAAAAGAGUUUCACUCUGUCACAAUACCUGAAAAAGCACAAGAGAAUUCAUGCUGGAGAAAAUCCUUACAAGUGCUCACACUGUGAAAAGAGUUUCACCCGGUCACAGAACCUGAAAUCACAUGAGAGAAUUCAUACUGGAGAAAAACCUUACAAGUGCUCACAUUGUGAAAAGAGUUUCACUCAGUCACGGAACUUGAAAUCACAUGAGAGAAUUCAUACUGGAGAAAAUCCUUACAAGUGCUCACAUUGUGAAAAGAGUUUCACUCAGUCACGGAACCUGAAAUCACACAAGCGAAUUCAUACUGGAGAAAAACCUUACAAGUGCUCACACUGUGAAAAGAGUUUCACUCUUUCACAAUACCUGAAAAAGCACGAGAGAGUUCAUACUGGAGAAAAACCUUACAAGUGCUCACACUGUGGAAAGAGUUUCACUCUGUCAUAUAACCUGAAAACACAUGAGAGAAUUCAUACUGGAGAAAAACCUUACAAGUGCUCACAAUGUGGAAAAGGUUUCACUAAGUCGUAUAACCUGAAAACACACGAGAGAAUUCAUACUGGAGAAAAACCUUACAAGUGCUCUCACAGGAAGAGUUUCACUCAGUCAGAAUACCUAAAAACACACGAGAGAAUUCAUACUGGAGAGAAAUCUUACAAGUGUUCACACUGUGAAAAGAGUUUCACUCAGUCAGACUACCUAAAAACGCACGAGAGAAUUCAUACAGGAGAAAAACAACUACAACUGCUCUUCACGUUGGAAAAGUUUCAGGGCAGCAAGUAA